CCUCUCUCUGUCCCAUCAAACCAUUAACAGAACAAAACAGAACUCUUUCUUCAUUCUUCUUCGUUCUUCUUCUUCUUCUCUCCCACUUUCUUUGCCAGUGGCAAUGCAGAGCCUCAGAUCUGAAACUGCCCUUCCCCCACUCGCCUGAAUGAACCCACUCACCAUUUCCACUCCUUUAUGUCCUCUGCCCCGCCAUGAGAGAUCGGAGGAAACGCGAUGUCGUUUCUUGGAGUGCCCUCUUCUGGUGCACCUUCUUCGUCGUUCUAUCUUGCGUCCUUUUCACCUCUUUUCGCAUCUUCUCCGCUGAUACGUUUCAUCCAGAGGUGGUUCACACGCGGCGAACUCCGUUGAAUAAAGCCGUUUUCGAUGAUUUCUCCGUUCAUUUUCGAUCUUCGGUUCAAGAAACGGUGACCUUCCCUGAUCAGGCUCUUGUUUUUCUCAACCACCCACCUACUGUUCGACCAUUUGCCAAAAAGGAUAUCGAUUGUGUUUAUUUCGCUGGAAACUCGUCCGAGCCCCUGAGGUGGCGGCCGGCAAUCGACGUGGAUGGUGAGGAUCGUCUACACAAACAAAUGGUUCGGUGCCCACUUCCACCUCGUGGAUUUACAGUUUCAAUUAGAGUGAGAUCCAACGCUCAGCUCCAAGGUGGGCACUCGCACCGGUGGGACUAUCUUGUGUACGAAGCACUGAUCGACCGGGACAACACCACCGUGGUCUUCGUCAAAGGCCUUGGUCUCCGGGCUGAACGAACCUCCAACGCGUCAAAAUUUGAGUGUGUUUACGGCUGGGAUUUUCGGAAGGUCAAGUUUCUGCUAAGGUCUGAAGUCAUGUCGAUUGCUCAAGAAAUUGCGCGUUGUAGAACACCCCUGAGUUUACUCAGCAAUCUCAAUAGAACGCAUGAUUCAAUUAAAGUUUCUAUUAGAGUGAAAGGCGGAGGAACUUUGAAUUCAAUAGCUCGCCCAUUGCUCCCGUCAGGGUCCACAACACCUCACCGGAAGCCCCACGAGAUGUGCAUAUGCACAAUGCUACGAAACCAAGCGCAAUUUCUUAAGGAAUGGAUCAUUUACCAUGCCCAUCUCGGCGUCCGCCGCUGGUUCAUCUACGACAACAACAGCGACGAUGACAUAGAAGACGUAAUUGCAUCAAUCUUCAGUGUCAAACACAACAUUUCUCGACAUAUCUGGCCCUGGAUUAAGACACAAGAAGCUGGUUUUGCACAUUGUGCAUUACGAGCUCGGGAUUCUUGCAAGUGGGUUGGAUUCAUUGAUGUUGACGAGUUCUUCUACCUGCCAAAUGGGUUGCCUCUACUCGAUGUGCUCAGAAACCAAGCCAAAAACGCCUCCGUUGGCGAGAUACGCGUGUCUUGCCACAGCUUCGGUCCAUCAGGGCUGACACGAAUGCCGCCGCAGGGAGUGAUGGUCGGGUACACUUGCAGGAAAGCAUCGGCGGAGAGGCACAAGAGCAUUGUGAACCCGGAGGUUUUGAACUCCACAUUGAUCAAUGUGGUGCAUCAUUUCCACUUGAGAGAUGGGUUUCAUUAUAUGAAUUUGGAGAGGUCUGAGAUGGUUAUAAACCAUUACAAGUACCAAGUUUGGGAAGUGUUUAAGGAGAAGUUUCACAGGCGAGUGGCAACGUAUGUAGCGGAUUGGCAGGAGGAACAGAAUGUGGGCUCGAAGGACAGAGCGCCAGGGCUAGGAACUAAGGCAGUGAAACCAGAGGAUUGGUCGAGCCGUUUCUGUGAGAUCAAUGACACUGGGCUACGGGACCUGGUGCUGCAAAAUUUGACUAAUCAAAGAACUCAUCUUUUGCCAUGGCAAGAAGAGCAUAGGCGAGGAAGGAGGAGGUCCAGGAAGAAAGGGAAGCACAAAGGUUUCUUAUGACUUUGACUUUUAUAUGAUAUAAUGUAUUUUUUCUUAGAGGAUGACAAUUCAUAGACGACCAAUUCUUUUAGCAGCGGUAUAGUUUACUUUAAUUAAUAACAAAAUGGAAGAGUUUCUAUA